AUGGAACGAUUUCAUUUUAAUCCAAUUCCAUUAAAUGAAUAUUCAAGAAAAUUAUUUCCUAAUAUUGAAACAUUUCAUAUUUAUAAUAAAUAUGAUGAAGAAUUUGAUGAUGGAAGAAUAUUUAAAACAAUAAUAUGGUAUAAAGUAGAUUAUUCAACAUAUUUUCAAGAGAAAGGAACAGGAAAUAUAUGUAAACAUAUAGAAUAUACACAAUGUGAUAGAUAUAAAUGUGGAAAUACAAUACCAUCGGAAGUUAAAUCAAUUGGAAAUGGUUGUUUUUCAAGAUGUUCAUCUUUAACAUCAUUUAAUAUUCCAUCAUCAGUUAAUAAAAUAGGAAAUGAAUGUUUUUAUGGAUGUACAUCAUUAACAUCAAUUAACAUAUCAACAUCAAUUAGUGAAUUAGGAAAUGAAUGUUUUUAUCAAUGCUCAUCAUUAAAAUCAAUUAAUAUACCACCAUCACUUACAUCAAUAGGAUAUAAAUGUUUUUAUCAAUGCUCAUCAUUAAAAUCAAUUAAUAUUCCAUCAAUAAUUAAUGAAAUAAAAAAUGAGUGUUUUUCAGAUUGUACAUCAUUAACAUCAAUUAAUAUACCAUCAUCAAUUACAUCAAUAGGAAAUGAAUGUUUUUAUAGAUGUAUAUCAUUAACAUCAAUUAAUAUACCAUCAUCAAUUACAUCAAUAGGAAAUAGAUGGUUUUAUGGAUGUUUAUCAUUACAGUCAAUUUAUAUACCAAUAUCAGUUAAUAAAAUAAGAGAUGAAUGUUUUUCAGGAUGUUCAUCAUUAACAUCAAUUAAUAUACCUUCAUCAAUUACAUCAAUAGGAAAUGGAUGUUUUAUGUUUUGUAGAUCAUUAACUAAUAUGAGUAUUGAAAAUGUAAAAUAUAUAAGUGAAGAAAGAAUAUUUAUAAAUGAACCAGUGUUAAUUAGUAUUUCAAUACCAGAACAUUUAAAAAUGGUAAAUGGAAAGAAUAUUAUAAAAGAAGAUAUUAAUAAAUUUAUGAUACCAUCAACAAUUACAUCAAUAGGAAAUAGAUGUUUUUCAGGAUGUUCAUUAUUAAAAUCAAUUAAUAUACCAACAACAAUUACAUCAAUAAGGGGUGAAUGCUUUAUUUAUUGUAUAUCACUAACAUCAAUUAAUAUACCAUCAACAAUAACAUCAAUUGGAAAUUAUUGUUUUUAUGAAUGUUCAUCAUUAACUUCAAUUGACAUACCAUCAUCAAUUAAAUCAUUUGGGAAAUCAUGUUUCUAUGGAUGUGGAUGUAUUGAAAAAUUAAAACAAAAUAAAACAAUAUCAAUAGAGUGUUUUAAUGAAUAA